AUGGACAUAAUUAUGGGAAACCAGUCGGUGGGUGACCUGGACCUUCUGCAGCUUAGCCCCUUCGUCAUCGACCCAGAAAUAAGGUACAUCGUUGUGAUCUCAGGCUUCAUAGCCUACGCCAUCUGCAUUCUCUUCAACCUGAUUCUGGUGCUGGUGAUCAUCAAGGAGAAGAAGCUUCACAGACCCAUGUAUUUCAUUCUGCUGAAUCAGCCCCUCAACGACUUGCUGGGAAGCAGCGCCAUGAUCCCCAAAGUGCUGUCGGACAUCCUGACGGAGACGGACACGGUCAGCUACCCUCUCUGCUUCCUGCAGGGGUUUGUGGUCCACAUAUAUGGAUGUGCGACUCUGCUCAACCUGGCGGCCUUGGCUGUGGAUCGCUACAUCGCCAUAUGCAAGCCUCUGAGAUACAACACGAUCAUGUCCCCCGGCACCGUUGUUCUCAUAAUCUCCGUCACCUGGUGCUUUAACGUUGUCGUGAUAUCGUCGGUCUUUUCGCUGCAGGCGACACUCCCCAGGUGUCGGACCUCCCUCCUCAACAUUUUUUGUGACAACCAGACCUUGCUUCGGCUUUUGUGCGGCGAUAAAUCCCUCAUCAACAUUUAUGGCAUGCUGGCAUAUGUUUUAGUACAAAGUGUGACAGUCGGUCUGCAGAUAUUCUCCUACGUGAGAAUCCUUCAUGCAUGCCUGACUACCAAGAAUCCUGCAGCACGGACCAAGGCCAUCAACACCUGUAUAGCCCAGCUGAUAAUAGCUUUCAUAUUCGAGUUCACUACAUUUGUCAAUCUGAGUUUGUACCGUGUUCAGAAUAUGUCACUCAAUAUACAAAAGGUUAAUGGAAUGCUUGUUUGUCUGAUCCCUCCCAUAAUGAACCCUAUAGUUUAUGGAUUAAAAAUAAAGGAAAUCAGAACUGCUAUGACAAAAAUGAUCAGAAACAGUGUAUCAGCACAAUAG